AUGGAGCCAUUGGUCGGCGCACCACCAGCAAUUGCUAUUGUGGGAAUAGGGUUGAAACUUCCAGGUGGAAUCACAACAACUGACGAAUACUGGGAUCUUCUCAUAAAUAAAAAGAAUACACGACGACAGGUCCCUGAGAAUCGAUAUGGAGCACACGCCUUCGAGAGUAAGCUGGGAACGCCUGGUACGUUGAAAAGCACAUACGGACACUAUUUGGACCGCGAUCUGGAGAAAUGGGACGCGUCGUUUUUUUCUAUGAGCAAAGCGGAAGUCGAGAAGCUUGAUCCGCAGCACAGACUGCUGCUGGAAGUGAUUUGGGAAUGCAUGGAGAACGGGGGGCAAAAGAAUUGGCGCGGCCGCAACAUUGGCUGCUACGUUGGCGUCUUUGGUGAAGACUGGCUGGACCUGUAUGCCAAAGACCCUCAGCAUCUAGGCACGCACCGAAUCUUGACCGGGGGAGAUUUUGCACUAUCCAACCGCGCGUCUUAUGAGUAUGAUUUGAGGGGUCCCAGCAUGACUAUUCGUACUGCGUGUUCAUCUUCACUUGUUGCACUCCACGAGGCUUGUCAAGCCAUAUAUACCGGCGAGUGUGAAUCUGCAGUUGUUGCUGGAGCCAGUCUGUUCCUAUCGCCUACUAUGGCCAUCGCCUUAUCCGAGCAAGGAGUUCUCUCACCAACGGGCUCAUCAAUCAAUGCAAUUUUCAUUAAGAAGUUGGAGGAUGCGAUCCGCGACGGCGAUCCGAUCCGAGGUGUCGUUCGAGCGACAGCCACGAACUUUGACGGCAAAACUAUCGGCAUUACAAAUCCCAAUCAAGAGGCGCAUGUAGCUCUCAUGCGUCGUGCUUAUAACGUGGCCAAGAUCUCAAAUAUUAGCGAUACAGCUUUCGUCGAAUGUCAUGGAACAGGCACAUCGGUCGGCGAUCCGAUGGAAACAGGAGCAGUUGGCCAAGUCUUUGGCGAUCAUGGUAUAUACAUCGGAUCGGUGAAACCAAACAUUGGCCACGGAGAGGGCGCAUCUGGUUUGAGCAGCUUGAUCAAGGCUGUCCUGUCUCUGGAACAUGAGACAAUCCCACCACAGAUCAACUUCUCUGAGCCUAGUCCCAAAAUAAAAUGGGAUAAAUACCAUUUCAAGGUCCCAACAAAGCCAACUCCAUGGCCAAAGGACCGCUUGAAGCGUGUAUCAGUGAACUGCUUUGGCGUGGGAGGUGCUAACGCUCAUGUUAUUGUGGAUUCAGCCAGGCCAUACGUCUCACAAGAAGAAAAAGUUUCCUCCAAGAGCCCUCAGUUACUAGUCGUUUCCGCUCAUCAGGCCAAUUCAUUGAAGCAAAGAGCAUCAGAGUUAUUUAAUUAUGCUGAACGACAUCCAGACCGAGUGCCAGAUCUCGCAUAUACCCUAGGAACGAGAAGAGAAGACUUAAGCCAGCGAGCUUUCGCUAUUUAUGAUGGUGUAAACCCUCCUGAACUUUCCCCCAUCAUCAAACACAAGGACCCUCCUCAAGUAAAUUUUGUCUUUACCGGACAAGGGGCCCAAUGGGCAGGAAUGGGUGCCGACCUUCUUGAACAAUAUACCCCCUUUCAAGAUGAUAUACGGAAAAUGGAUGCUGCUCUCAAGAGCCUCUCUCAUCCUCCUCAAUGGACAAUAGAGGGAGAGCUCAAGCGAACUCAAGGAGAAAGCAAAAUCCAACAGCCCGAAUUCUCACAGCCAAUCUGCACCGCUCUUCAAAUCGGUAUUGUCAAUCUCCUUAAAGGAUGGGGCGUCAACCCUGCGGCUGUGGUCGGGCAUUCCAGCGGCGAGAUGGGUGCUGCCUAUGCAGCCGGUGCUCUUACUCUCGAAGCAGCCAUUAUAAUCGCUUACUAUCGCGGGCAAGUGACGCAGCAUCAUGGACGAAUCGGUGCAAUGGCGGCUGUUGGUCUCGGCCGCGAAGAUGUGACACCCUAUCUCCAGGACGGCAUUGUGGUGGCAUGUGAGAACAGCCCCAAGAGUGUGACUUUGUCGGGAGACGUGAACCCGUUAGAUGAGGUGAUUUCCCGUAUCAAGAAAGACAUACCCGACUGUUUUGCUCGUAAGCUGAGAGUCGAGAGAGCUUACCAUUCGGAUCAUAUGCGUGAGAUUGGCGAUAGAUACGAGAAGCUACUCGAUGGCCUCGUUAUAGAUGCGAAGCCCAUCGUACCCUUCUUCUCCAGCGUCACCAAAAGGCAGAUCAAGAGAGCUGGACAGCUGGGACCAUCUUACUGGAGACAGAAUCUAGAAAACCCAGUCUUGUUUUCGCCAGCAGUACAGCUUAUGAUGCACUCUGCUGUUAGAGAUACAGUCUAUCUUGAAAUAGGUCCACAUGCUGCUCUCUCUGGCCCGCUCCGAGAUAUAUUCAAAUCUGUCCAGAUGUCCAGUGUAUCGAUUUACAUUCCGACACUCAUUAGAAACGAAAAUGGGCCCAAGUCGAUGCUCAGCUCUCUCGGGCGUCUAUAUCAAGAGGCUGUUCCUGUUAACAUUGCAGCCACAACAACAGGCCGCACCGUUUUGACAGAUCUUCCCAACUAUGCUUGGCAACAUGAUACUACGUACUGGUAUGAGAGUCGAGUCUCAAGAGAAUGGCGCCUUCGCAGAUUCCCUCCUCAUGAACUCAUUGGAAACCACAUUCUCGAAUCUGACGACUUGGAGCCUUCUUGGAGAAACAUGUUUCGUUUGGAUAAUGUGCCCUGGGCUAGAGAUCAUAAGAUCCAAGAUGAUAUUGUCUUGCCCGCUGCUGCUUAUAUCGCAAUGGCUAUUGAGGCUGUAAGACAGCUCAACGGUGGCGACGAAACAGAUGCAUCUCUAAGACAGGUGGAGAUUCAAAAUGCCUUGGUAUUAAAGGAACAACAAGCACACGAAAUUAUAACGCAUCUCCGUCCAGUUCGGCUCACUUCAAAGCUCAACUCUGUCUGGUACGAGUUUUCCAUUUCAUCUUUCAACGGCACUUCCUGGACCAAGCACUGUACUGGAAAGGUCCGAGCAGGAAAAGAAAUCAGUGCCGGCUCCGAAGAUGUUAGUGAACAGCCGCGCCAAGUUUCCACUACAGGAUGGUAUCGCGCUAUGAAAAAAGUUGGACUGAAUUACGGCCCCGAUUUCCAGGGCUUAUCCAACAUUUCAGCUCACCCGGGGCGAAAUACUGCUACUGCUACUAUUAGGAAACGCGAUCCAACAAUGGGCCCCUAUUAUCCUUUGCACCCCAGUAUUAUUGAUCUUGUACUACAAGCCUUUACCGUAGCGAUUGCUGACGGGUUAACUCGCAAACUCAAACAACUUUGCGUGCCGACCUAUAUCGAUGAGCUAUGCAUCAGCAAUGGCCAGCCAGAAAUGCGCCUCGGGACGGCUGCGGUAUCAAGCGCAACGGGAGCAAUUCGCUGCUCUGCCACCAUCAUGGCCGACAAUAAAGUGAUCUUGAGUCUAAGAAAUGGAGAGUUUAGUCCCCUGGAGAGUGGCGAUACGGAUGAAGCUUGUCCGCUACCAGCUGCUCACUUACACUGGAAACCCCACGUCGAUUUCAUUGCUCCAAAUAACCUCGUACAGUCAGUCCGCUCACCUCCAGGCGAAGUGGCAAAGGUUGAAAAGUUGGCUCUUUUAUAUCAGUUGGAUGUACUUCGACGAAUCGAGCGCCUCUCAACUUCUGCCCACCUGGCACAUUUUCACAAAUGGCUCACUAAGCAACGGACAAAGGCUCUCAAUGGAAAUUACGAGAAUGUCCCGGAUUGCGCACGUCUCGCUCGUCUUAGUUCAAAAAAGGUGAACACAGAAAUCGACACUACGAAGAAACUCCUCCUCCACACUGGCUGUGCCAAAAUUUCUCUGCUUCUUAGUCGACUAGCUGCAGCAGCUGAGGCAAUCUUCAAGGGCGUAGAGAACGCCGAUAACAUACUCAAACAAGAUGGACAUUUUAGUGACCUGUGCAGUUUCAUCAGUGGAAAGAGUGAUUUCUCACUGUUACUCAGCUCUUUGGCUCAUAUCAAUCCAACAAUGAGGAUCUUGGAGCUUGGGUCUGGUUCCACUAAUACCACUGCUGCGACUGUGAAACCGCUCGUUAACUCGGCCGGUGAGCGCAGUUAUAGCAAAUACGUCUACACAGCCCGAAACGAAGAAACUAUUCAGCUUGCAAGUAAGGAACUAGAUGGGUAUGACAAUAUCGAGUACAAGAUCUUGGACAUCUCCAAAGAUCCUAAAUCGCAAGACUUUGACCUUUCUUCAUUCGAUCUCAUCAUUGCCAACAGAACGCUUCAUUUGACCCCGCAUGUUCAAGAUACCCUUCAGAAUAUUCAUAAACUCAUCAAACCGAACGGUCGAUUACUUAUCCAAGAGUUGUCACCAAGUGCGAACUUUUAUAAAUUCAUCAUGGGCCUCACUCCCGAGUGGUGGAGAGAUAUAGAAGAUGAUCAUGCUGGAUUCUCAGGUAGCGAAGGUCUGAUUAUGGACGAUGAUCACAUUACAGCGAAUAUUCUCACUACUGUGGCUUCUCCUAUUCGCGAGCCUGGAAAAGUCACUCUUCUUGGACAUUCACAAUUUCAGGAUCACAUAAAUGAUCUUUCCAAGUUACUGGGUGAGAUGGGCUAUGAAGUUGAAUUCCGUACUCUUUCACAGGAGCCUGAUCCAGAGGCAGAUGUCAUCUCUCUUUUAGACCUUCACGACACAAUGUUCUUUGAGAUGACUGAAGAUACUUUUACCUCAUGGCAGAACUAUCUUGGCAAAUUUCCUGCUGAAAGAGGGUUAUUAUGGGUUACCGGACACGCCCAAGUCGGAUCACAAGAUUCUCGGUACGCAACCUCCAUUGGCGCAACUCGAAAUAUUAGAUCCGAGCUUUCGCUAGACUUUGCCACGUUAGAGAUUGAUUUGGCGAAUUUCGAUCCGGAAAGCAUUUUACAUGUUUUCCACAAGUUCUGUACUAGAGUCAAAGAUGAUGAGUUUGAUCCUGAUUGGGAGUAUGCAAUUGUCAAUGGAAGGGUCAUGAUACCGCGAUAUCAGUGGAUAGAUAUCGCAGAACAUGCUGGAGAGACACCUUGUACAGAACCUGAGUCUCCCAAAAAGCUCGAACUUGCGCGCAUGGGCCAACUACAAACGCUUCAGUGGGUUGAAGACGAGACAAAACUGGUUCAAGACAGUCAAGUCGAGAUUGAGCCUCGUGCUGUUGGUAUGAACUUUAAAGACGUUCUUGUUGCCAUGGGCAUUGUUGAAGGUUACAAACCUGGUCUUGGGAUCGAGUGUUCUGGUAUCGUCCGCAAAGUCGGCAAUAAUGUUCAAGGCCUCUCACCUGGAGAUCGAGUAAUGACCAUUGGUCACGGAUGCUUUACAACAAGCUUCAUCUCAGAGGCAAGUCUUGUGGUCAAAAUUCCCGACAGCCUCAGCUUUGAGGAUGCUGCUACAGUUCCAUGUGUUUAUGCCACUGCAAUCCAUGCACUCAUCAACUUGGGCGGAUUGUGUAAGGGCAUGUCAGUUCUCGUCCAUUCUGCCUGUGGUGGUGUCGGUAUUGCCGCACUCAACAUCUGUAAAAUGAUGGGUGCCGUUAUAUACGCCACUGUCGGCAAUCCUGUGAAGGUGCAGUAUCUGAUUGAGAACUUUGGGAUUCCUCGCGAGCACAUCUUUAACUCUCGUGAUGUCUCAUUCUACGGAGACCUCAUGGCCAUUACUAAUGGCCAAGGCGCUGAUUUAGUGCUCAACUCGUUAUCAGGAGAGUUGUUGCACACUUCAUGGAAAUGUGUUGCUCCGUUUGGGAAGAUGCUUGAAAUUGGAAAACGGGACUUCAUCGGCCGAGGGCAGCUUGGGAUGGAAGUAUUCGAGUCCAACCGCUCAUUUCAUGGCAUUGACAUGUCGCAAAUGGCUGUUGAAAGGCCAGACAUGUGUAAAAAGAUGCUACAACAAUUCAACAGGUACUAUGAGGAGGGUGCUAUCAAGCCUAUCGCACCUGUUAAGCACUUUGAGGCUGGGGAUAUCGUUGAGGCUUUCCGAUACAUGCAAAAGGGCCAACACAUUGGCAAGAUUGUCGUAUCUAUGCCAUCAGACCCAUCGAAGCUCCGAUCAGCAGCAAAACCUCAAGCUGUAAAGUUCAAAUCUGACAGAACCUACCUGUUAGUAGGAGGACUUGGCGGCUUAGGCAAAUCUGUCUCCAACUGGAUGGUAGAAAACGGCGCACAUAAUAUAAUGUAUUUGUCGCGAUCCGCUGGAGAUUCUGAACAAGAUAAGAGGUUUAUCAAAGAGAUCGAAUCACAAGGGUGUGCGGUUCAGGUCAUUAAAGGGAGCGUUACAAGUCUGCAAGAUGUUUACCGAGCGGUGGAACAGGCGACAAUGCCAAUCGCAGGAGUUUUCUUGAUGACUAUGGUUCUGAGGGACCGUGGUAUUCUACAGCUCUCUCACGAUGACUGGUUUACGGCUGCCAGACCCAAAGUUGACGGCGCCAUUAAUCUCCAUCAAGCUUUGGAACACUGUGAUUUGGAUUUCUUCACUUUAUUCAGCUCCAUAUCCUAUGUUGUAGGCCAGGUAGGCCAAGCAAACUAUUCAGCAGCCAAUGCUUACUUGACGGCGUUCACUCAAUUCCGUCACCAGCAAGGUUUGCCUGCGGGUGUGGUGAAUGUAGGUGUUGUGGACGACAUUGGAUAUGUGGUUGAAAACCCGGCUCUCCUGGAGCAAUUCCGCGCCCUAAACUUCUAUACAACGGGCGAAACCGAACUCCUCGAUGCCCUCACGUAUACCAUGUCUCAUCAACACCCAACAGCAUCCUCUUCAGACGACGGCUUCUUUAACCCAGCGGAGCUCACUAUCGGCCUCAAGAGCACGAAAUCAUUGUCCGAUCCUAAUAACCGCUCCAUUUGGAAACGCGACCGACGCAUGGCCCAAGCACAUCUCCAAGAUGCCGGUGCAACUUCCGGUGCUUCAACCGGAUCCGAGGAUUUUGGUCAGUUCAUGAAGAGCGUCAACGCCAGUCCUUCGCUGCUUGAUACACCGAGCAACCUCGAUUUUCUGACAGCUCAGAUUGGCACGUGUAUUUACAACCUCAUGUCACGAGAUGUCAAGGACUUGGACCUUAGCCUGAAUUUGACCCAGCUUGGUGUUGAUUCGCUUGUUGCCAUCGAGAUUCGUAAUUGGUGGCGCCGUACGCUUGGAGUCAACGUCAGCGUGCUUGAGUUUAUGGAUGCUGGAAGCAUAGAAAACUUGGGCAAAUUAGCUGCCAAGGGCAUAAAGGAAGCCCACAGAGCCGCAUAG